CCUAGACACCUUGGAUCACUUGUUAUGAAAGACCGGCUUCUACACUCGCCCCGCCCAUAAACCGGCUCCUUCCGUCUGUAGCAGCACUACAUUUCCCACAAUCCGCGAGAGGCUACUGGUCACGUGGGUCAGCCAGCAGUCACCUUGUGACGGAAUCAAGAUGAGAGCCUGCAGUAAACUCCUCAGUGUCCCCUGCUGGGGGAGGCGCCUCCCUCUCAGACUCUACUCACAGGCCGCUCAGACGGUUGUGGGUAAGGAUGGGGUGUCUACAGCCGAGGCCUCCCCCCGAGUGCAACAGAAAGCGGCAGCAGCUCAGGAAUCUCGCUCCUUUGCCGCCGGCAUGUUCUCUGGGCAGAUCCACUCCGAGCAGGUUUUCCCUUAUCCAUCAGUUCUGAGUGAGGAUCAGUCCCAGUUUCUGUCGGAGCUGGUGGGCCCUGUGUCCCGCUUUUUUGAGGAGGUUAAUGACCCUGCUCUGAAUGACUCGCUGCAUCGGGUAGAGGAGAAGACCCUCGAUGGCUUGAAGGAGAUGGGGGCAUUUGGGCUGCAAGUUCCCACUGAGCUUGGAGGGCUGGGGCUGAAUAAUACUCAGUAUGCCCGGCUGGUGGAGAUCGUGGGGAUGCACGACAUGGGUGUUGGCAUUACACUGGGUGCUCAUCAAUCUAUUGGAUUCAAAGGCAUCCUUCUGUUUGGUACUGCAGAGCAGAAGGCUAAAUACCUGCCCCGGCUAGCCUCAGGAGAGACUAUUGCUGCUUUUUGCCUGACGGAGCCUACAAGCGGGUCAGACGCUGCUUCUAUCAGAACCACGGCACGCAAGAGUCCCUGUGGGAAAUAUUAUACCCUAUCGGGGGGUAAGAUCUGGAUCAGUAAUGGCGGCAUCGCCGACGUCUUCACUGUUUUUGCAAAGACUCCCGUCCAAGACCCCAACACGGGGGAAAUCCGAGACAAGAUCACGGCCUUCAUUGUGGAAAGAGGAGAGGGGGUCACACACGGCCCUCCAGAAAAGAAACUGGGUAUCCGCGCCAGCAACACGGCCGCACUUUUCUUCGAUGAAGUCCGUGUCCCAGCAGAGAAUGUGUUGGGUGGGGAGGGAAACGGCUUCAAGGUCGCUAUGAACAUCCUCAACAAUGGACGCUUCGGCAUGGCGGCUGCUCUCUCUGGCACUAUGAAGGGAAUGAUCCAGCGAGCGGUGGAACAUGCCACCAGUCGCACCCAGUUUGGCAGUAAACUCCAUCAGUUUGGGAUGAUCCAGGAGAAGUUGGCACGCAUGUCUGUCCUUCAGUACGUCACAGAGUCCAUGGCCUACAUGAUCAGUGCCAACAUGGAUUCCGGCCAUAAAGACUUUCAGAUAGAAGCCGCCAUCAGCAAGAUCUUUGGCUCAGAGGCUGCUUGGUCGGUGACAGAUGAAUGUAUCCAGAUCCUCGGUGGGACAGGCUUCAUGACCGAUGGAGGCGUCGAGCGGGUUAUGCGGGACCUUCGCAUUUUCCGUAUCUUUGAGGGAACCAAUGACAUCCUGAGGCUGUUUGUUUCACUUCAAGGGAUGCAGGGCGCUGGGAAAGAGCUGAAAUCUUUGCAGAAAGCAAUGAGUGACCCCCUGGGGAACAGUUCCCUGCUGCUCAGAGAGGGGAUGAAGAGAGUGCGCAGGAAGGCCGGUCUGAGCACUGGACUCUCAUUAAAAGGACAAGUGCACCCGGAGCUACAGAAGAGCGGGGAAAUGGCUGUUGUGGCACUGGAGGACUUUGGAGGUACCGUGGAGGAGCUGCUGGUGAAAUAUGGCAAAAGGAUUGUGGAUGAGCAGUUUGUGCUGCAGAGAGUUGCAGACUGUGCCAUUGAUCUCUAUGCCAUGAUAGUGGUGCUGUCCAGAGCCUCCCGCUCGCUCUCCCAGGAACUCCCGGCAUCUGCUCAUGAGAAGAUUCUGUGUGACAUCUGGUGCUCUGAGGCACAGAGUCGCAUCCACAAGAACCUGCAGAGCUUGCGCUCCGGUGGGGACGGAGCCGCCCUAUUCCGGAACCUGCGCUCUGUCUCCUCUGCCCUAACAGAGAAUGGGGGGGUGGUGACACAACACCCUCUGGGCUUCUAAUGACAGGGAUCGAACCCGGACAUGGGAUAAGCCCCGCCUCAUGCCACGCCUUACGUUGGUGAGAUGGACUGUGUCACAAUUCACUGUUGCCUUGUUAUUCCCCCACCAACUGUGCCACUCAAGUUACUCAACAUAUGUGUCUGUCCGUCUGUCUUGCUGCUUCUUGUGCCUUCUGCCCCACACAGUCAUUGUAAAGGGGUUUGGGGCAAGGAAAGCCUAUAAUAAAUCUGAUACACCACUAUAUUGUGGCACUUGUGGUGGAAGAAACCAUGUAUAGCGCCUCCAGCAGGGGAAUCCGCACAUGGCCUGAAAUAAAGUCCCAUCUGGUUAAA